AUGGCUAGAGCUAAAGCCAGACUAUGCGCAAUCAGCAAAGAUAAAUUAAGGCAGCCCAUAGUAAUCUGUAGAAUGGGAUUACUAUACAACAAAGAAGAAAUGAUUAAGAGACUUAUUGAAAAAAAUAUACCAAAGGCAUUUAGACAUAUCAAGAAAUUAAAGGAUGUUAAGGAGGCUUAAAUAUAAGUAAGGAAAAAUGAGGGGGACGACUCUAUUGUUAUAUAGUGCCCAAUCAGUCAAAUAGAGUUCAAUGGAUUUCACAAGUUUAUAAUCAACUGGAGUUGUGGUUGUGUUAUUAGUCAAGAAGCUUAAAGAGAAUUAAAAGAUUAGUAAAAGUGUAUAAGCUGUGGAGAAGAAGUUAAAUCUCAAGAGGAUGUAAUUAGCCUUAACCAGACGCCUGAUGAAUAAUUAGCAUUUUUAAGGGAUUUUGACGAGUAAUAAAGGAUUGCUGAUGAAAAGGCAGCUUCCAAGAAAGCAAAUAAAAAAAGAACAAAGAGAGAAAACCCUGAUGCUGAUAAUCUAGAUGAUAACGAAGAAGUCAAAGAAGGUGAUGCCAAAAGGCAGAAAUUAGAUGAUAAGCAUAAAGAAGCAGUCCCAGAGAAAAGUGAUGCUUAUAAAUCUUUGUUCACUAAGCAAUACGAGGAGAAUAAAGAUGCUGAUUUUUUGUGCAGAUGCGUCCACAGAGGUCUUAGAUGA